GCGUAGCUCAGCGGGGAGACGCGCUCCCAUCCUCGCUGCGGCGGAGCGGGAAGGACUUUCCAGCAUCCUGGCGAGAAAUCCGCGCCGCAACCGGCCCGGAAGGCGGUAUUUUUUUUUCCGUUUGGUUUUCAUCCGUGGAUAACGCUCGAGAGGAGCCGGGAGGGUGGGGGGAGCGCGGUCCCGGCGGGAAGGAGGCGAUGGAGACGCCGCGGGACCGGCGCGCAGGAGCUCGGCACGGAGCGCAGCGCCGGCACCAUCCAACUCCCCUGCAGCGCAGGAUGAACUCGCUGGCGUCCUGCCUGGGCCUGUGGCUCCUCUGCCAGCUCCCUGCCCUGGCCUCGGGGACACGUGCAGUCUACAAAGUGCAGGAGGAGCAGCCCCCCAACACCCUCAUAGGGAGCCUGGCCUCCGACUACGGCUUGCCGGACAUGGGACACCUCUACAAACUGGAAGUGGGGGCCCCCUAUCUCCGUGUGGAUGGCAAGACUGGGGACAUCUACACCACAGAGACCUCCAUCGACCGGGAGAGCCUGCGGGAGUGCCAGCACCUCCUGCCCGGAGAGCCCUGCUUCCUGGAGUUUGAGGUGUCCAUCACUAACCUGAACGCCAACAGCAGCCCACGCCUGCUCGAAGGGCAGAUCGAGGUGCUCGAUAUCAAUGACAACACCCCCAACUUCGCCUCGCCCGUCCUCACCCUCUCCAUCCCUGAAAACACCAAUGUCGGCACGCUCUUCCCCAUCCCCCUGGCCAUGGACCGGGACUCGGGCCCCAACGGCGUUGCCUCCUACGAGCUGAUGGCCGGUCCGGAGGCGCAGGAGCUCUUUGGGCUGCAGGUGGCCGAGGACCAGGAUGAGAAGCAGCCUCAGCUGAUCGUUAUGGGGAACCUGGACCGGGAGCAGUGGGACUCCUACGAUCUGACCAUCAAGGUGCAGGAUGGGGGGAACCCCCCGCGGGCGAGCAGUGCCCUGCUCCGCAUCACCAUCCUGGACAUGAACGACAAUGCGCCCAAGUUCGAGAAGGCCCUGUACGAGGCAGAGCUCUCCGAAAACAGCCCUGUGGGGCACUCCGUCCUCCAGGUGAAAGCCAAUGAUUCGGACCAGGGCGCCAACGCCGAGAUCGACUACUCCUUCCACCAGGCCUCGGACAUGGUGCGGCGGCUGCUGCGCCUGGACCGUGCCACGGGGCUCAUCACCGUGCAGGGCCCCAUCGACCGCGAGGACAUCGGCACCCUCAAAUUCUCCGUCAUGGCCAAGGACAAGGGUGCCAACCCCAAGAGCGCCCGCACGCAGGUGGUGGUCACCAUCAAGGACAUGAACGAUAACGCGCCCUCCAUAGAGAUCCGGGGCAUAGGGUUGGUCACCCACCAGGAUGGCAUGGCCAACAUCUCGGAGGACGUGCCAGUAGAGACAGCAGUGGCUCUGGUGCAGGUGUCCGACCGAGAUGAGGGUGAAAACGCUGUAGUGACCUGUGUGGUGGCCGGUGACGUCCCAUUCCAGCUGCGCCAGGCCAGUGAGACAGGGAGUGACAGCAAGAAGAAAUACUUCCUGCAGACCACAACGCCGCUGGACUACGAGUCGGUGAAGGAGUACACGAUUGAGAUUGUGGCUGUGGACUCGGGGAACCCGCCCCUCUCCAGCACCAACUCCUUGAAGGUGCAGGUGAUGGACGUCAAUGACAACGCCCCUGUCUUCAGCCAGAGCUUCACUGAGGUGGCCUUCCCUGAGAACAAUGAGCCCGACGAGCUGGUCAUGGAGGUGAGUGCCACUGAUGCUGACAGCGGCUCCAACGCCAAGCUGGUUUAUUCCCUGGUGACAGACCCCUCCUCCAAGGGCUCCUUCACCAUUGACCCUGACUCCGGGGAGAUCCGGGUGAAGGCGGUGCUGGACCGAGAGCAGCGGGAACGCUACGAGUUCUUGGUGGUGGCGGAAGAUAAGGGCAGCCCCAGCAAGCAGGGCACAGCGUCUGUGGCCAUCAAUGUCAUGGACAGGAAUGACAACGACCCCAAGUUCAUGCUGAGCGGCUACAACUUCUCAGUGAUGGAGAACAUGCCGCCCCUCAGCCCCGUGGGCAUGGUGACGGUCAUCGAUGCUGACAAAGGAGAAAAUGCCCGGAUCCAGCUGUCAGUGGAGCAAGACAACGGGGAUUUUGUCAUCCAAAAUGGCACUGGCACCAUCCUCUCCAGCAUCUCUUUCGACCGGGAGCAGCAGAGUACCUAUACCUUCCGACUCAAGGCAGUAGACGGUGGGGAUCCCCCCAGGUCUGCCUAUGUGGGGGUGACCAUCAACGUCUUGGAUGAGAAUGACAAUGCCCCCUUCAUCACUUCCCCCUCCAACGCUACCUACAAGCACAUCCUGCCCCACACCAGCCCCGGCCAGCAGGUGAGCAAGGUCAAGGCGGAGGACAUCGACUCGGGCAUUAACGCCGAGCUGAUCUACAGCAUCACAGGAGGAAACCCCUUCGAGCUCUUCCAGAUCUCCCCGCAGAGCGGUGACAUCACUCUGGAGAAGGAGAUCCUGCGCAAGCACCACGGCCUGCACCGCCUGGUCGUGCGCGUCAACGACAAGGGCAAGCCCUCACGGCACGGCACGGCUCUGGUGCACUUCUACGUCAACGAGACGCUGGCCAACCGCACGCUGCUGGACACACUGGUGGGGCACAGCCUGGACACCCCGCUGGACAUCGACAUUGCCGGCGACCCCGAGUACGAGCGCAGCAAGCAGCGGAGCAACAUCCUCUUCGGGGUCAUCGCUGGCAUCGUGGCUGUCACCUUGGUCAUCGUGCUGGUGGUCCUGGUGCGCUACUGCCGGCAGCGCGAGGCCAAGAGCGGCUACCAGGCGGGCAAGAAGGAGACCAAGGACCUGUAUGCACCCAAGCAGGCCAGCAAGAGCGGGAAGAGCAAGAACAAGGUGAAGAAGAGCAAGUCUCCCAAGCCACCCAAGCCCACGGAGGAUGAGGAGGAGACGGGGCUGCAGAAAUCGCUCAAGUUCAACCUCAUGAACGACUCUGUCAGCGACAGCCCCCGGAUCCACCUGCCCCUGAACUACCCCCCGGGCAGCCCGGACCUGGGCCGCCACUACCGCUCCAACUCGCCGCUGCCCUCCAUCCAGCUGCAGCCUCAGUCACCCUCUGCCUCCAAGAAGCACCAAGUGGUGCAGGACCUGCCGGCCACCAACACCUUUGUUGGCACUGGGGACAACAACUCGACGGGCUCCGAGCAGUACUCGGACUACAGCUACCGCACCAACCCCCAGAAAUACACCAACAAGCAGUUACCUCAUCGCCGAGUGACGUUCUCUGCAGCCAGCCAGGCUCAGGACCUGCAGGACCCCUCCCAGCACAGCUACUACGACAGCGGGCUGGAGGAAUCCGAGACCCCCAGCAGCAAAUCUUCAUCGGGGCCCCGCAUCGGGCCCCUGGCCCUGCCCGAGGACCACUAUGAGCGCACCACGCCCGAUGGCAGCAUCGGGGAGAUGGAGCACCCCGAGAACGAUCUCCGGCCUCUGCCCGAUGUAGCCAUGACUGGGACCUGCACCCGGGAGUGCACAGAGUUCGGCCACUCCGACACCUGCUGGAUGCCUGGCCAGUCCUCCCCCAGCCGCAGGCCCAAGAACGCCCUCAAACUCUCCACUUUUGUGCCUUACCAAGACAGAGGGAGUCAAGAGCAAGUCGGGAACGGCAGCCCCAGACUGUCGGAAGAGCGCAGCACCAAAAUGGCCAACCUCCGCCUGCUCCCCACGUACAGUGCCUUCUCCAAUAGUAGCCAUGAGCCCUGCAAGGACUCUCCCAUGGAGGAAAUUCCUCUCACCCAGACCUCGGACUUCCAGCCAGCCACCACCCCCUCGGCCCAGACCACUAAGAGGGAGAUCUACCUGUGAGGCUGGGCGCCAGGGGCAGGGAGCUGAGGCCAGAGGAACAUUUUCCACUUCGAUGCUUUAUGGCUCCGGCUGCUUCUCCAGGCAGGGGGCUCUGCGGGGAGCAGGGCAGGGCGAGGCAGGGAUGAGAGGAGCGCCUUUUUAACCCCCUGUUGCCCGGGGCUGGGGGUGGGUGGGAAGGGUGAAAAGCAUCCCGACCCUGAUUGCCGAGCAUCCCGAACUGCUGCCGGGGAGGGCUGGGCAGGCUCCCAGGCGGAGGGCACGGAGAAGGGAGAGAAGGGCUUACGUACCAAAGGUCCACGCAGAGCUGGUGGAGUUCCUGGGGCAUAGGAUGAGGAGUGUCCCCGAGCACGGGGAGCCAGCUGCCUGUCUCUUUGCUGUAGACUCCUGUAAAUACGAAUCUUAUAGGAAUGACAUUCAAGUCCUGCCUGAUCGCAACUUUUUAUUGUCCUUGAAACAAACAAAAAAAAAGAGACAUUUAAAGAGAAAACAAAACAAAACAAAA